AUGCCGCCAUCUGCGAUUCGCGCUAUCAAUGGUGCUGGGACCAAUCAAAAUUUUAAAAUUUAUGACGUUCGUCAACAAAAAACCACGAAAUUUAAUUUGGCCUGUGAAAUCUUGAAAGGGCUCACUCCAGAGUCACCUUCGGUUAUGAAAUCUAUCCCUACAAUGGUUCUUUACGACGACCGUGGUUUGCAAUUAUUUGAUCAAAUUACGUAUUUAGAUGAAUAUUAUUUGACAAAUUGUGAGAUUGAUAUUUUGAAUCGAAAAGUUGAUGAUAUUAUAGCUUAUAUUAAGGAUGGAAGUGCAAUAAUUGAGUUGGGCGCCGGCUCACUUCGUAAGACGCAACUCGUACUCGAAUCGUUGGAGAGAAAUAAAAAGGAUAUAACUUAUUAUGCUCUCGAUCUUAUGGAGAAUGAAUUACAGAAAUCUUUGUCAUCUUUAGGUAGUUUUUCAAACGUGACUCUUAUGGGUCUUUUGGGUACUUAUGAAGAAGGGAUGGAAUUUGUCUCUAAAUUAGCAAAAGAAACACCAAAAAUGAUUUUGUGGUUGGGAUCUUCUCUCGGAAAUUUCACUAGAGAUGAUGCUUGUCAAUUCAUCGAUACCUUCCGCAAACAGGCAAUGAAUAUCGGCGAUCUUUUUUUGAUGGGAAUUGACCGACGAAACGAUCCUAAGAAGGUGACGAUCGCAUACAACGAUCCGAAGCGAGUCACAGAAGAAUUCAUCAUGAAUGGAUUGAAUCAUGUGGAUUCAAUCCUCGGUACUCCUGGUGUUCCUUUCAUUAAUCGUGACAAUUUUGAAUAUCUUGCGAGAUAUAAUGUUGAAAAGGGAAGACAUGAAGCCUACUACAAAUCCAAGAUUGAUCAAGUAUUAGAAUAUGUAUCGCCAAAUCCAAGAACAACUACGAAGAUUAUUUUGGAAAAAGGCGAACUAAUUCACAUUGAAUAUUCUUACAAAUAUGAUCGUUUGGAAACCAUUGAAUUGAUACACAAUAGUCAUAUGUCAUUGAUCAAAAGUUGGCCAGAUUCGCAGGCACUUUAUGAUUUGCAUCUUGUUCAAAAACCUCCAUUUCAUUUUCAACGUCAUCAUCAAACAUCAGUUCCAUCACUUGAAGAAUGGCAUGAAUUAUGGAAAGCAUGGGAUACUGUUACCAUGACCAUGAUUUCCUCGGAUAUGCAUUUUGAAAAACCAAUAGAUCUACGCCAUCCAUUCAUCUUUUAUAUUGGACAUAUUCCUGCAUUUUUAGACAUCAUUCUAGCACGACAUUUUAAAGAAGAAUUUACUGAGCCAACAAAUUUCGCGGUUAUUUUUGAACGAGGCAUUGAUCCUGACGUGGAUGAUCCAAGUCGCUGUCACCCGCAUUCCAUCGUCCCUGACAAGUGGCCUGCUUUUGAUUCUAUCAUAAAAUUCCGUGAUCAAGUGAGACAAAGGCUUUUGAAGGUGUAUGAUGAUCAUCAUAAAAACAUGUCUCGUCGUCUAGCACGUGUACUUUGGAUGACUUUUGAACACGAAGCAAUGCAUCUUGAAACUAUACUUUAUAUGCUGAUCCAAUCAAAUAAUACUCAACCUCCUCAAGGUGUUGUGCCGCCCCAUUGGGAAACAGCAGAGAUAGACGCCCCAGAAGCAAGAUUGAUUGAAAUACCAGGACAGACAAUCACCCUUGGCCAUGAUGAUAAUGAGGAAACAGAUGAUCAAGAUCCGAUUACAUUAGCUUUUGGUUGGGAUAAUGAAAGACCGCCCAGAGAAUUUAACGUGGCAUCUUACAAAAUCCAGUCUAGACCAAUUACCAAUAAAGAAUAUCUUGAUUUCUUGAAAGCGACUGACGCUAAAGCUGACGAAUAUCCAUCAUCGUGGAUUCAGAUUACCAAUUCAUCUUCGCAAUUAAUGGAAUACAAAGUGCGAACAGUGUUUGGACCCGUUGAUAUGUCUUUAGCAAAAAAUUGGCCUGUUAUGCUAAGUCACGAACACGCUUCUAAAUACGCCGAGUGGAAAGGAAUGCGAUUGCCUACGGAAGCAGAGAUGCGAUUAUUCUACACGAUCUUUACCCACAAUCCCGAUCUAUCAUCAACCACCGGUUUCGCGUUUUGGCAUCCAACCAGUGUUCCCUUGGAUACCGACACAAUUCAAACGUUGGGCUCCGGUUGGGAAUGGACAAGCACAGAGUUCGAUAAUUAUCCUGGUUUCGAAAAAAGUAAACUCUAUCCAGGUUAUUCGUCGGAUUUCUUCGAUAAUAAACAUAAUGUGAUCUUGGGUGGUUCGUGGACUACUCAUCCACGAAUCAGUACACGAAAAUCAUUUAGAAAUUGGUAUCAACGCAAUUAUCUUUAUGUAUUUUGUGGAUUUAGAUUAUGUGAAUAA